UUAAGCUAUUAAAACAACGCGAGAAAAUGCGGAGUAGCCCUGUCGGAAAUGUAUCCACCAGCGUUUCCCGCCGGACACUUUAUGUGGUUACACACAGAUGGAGAGCACCAGUUCGGCUCUUUGGAUAUAAACUGUAUUUUUAUCGAGAAUUGUGCAGGGCAGCAAUGGAGCCUGAGACUAAGCGGUGGAAAGGGUCAAAGUGCGACGUGAAGGGGUCAAAGUGCGAAGACGAUUCCUGGGUGGCCUUCCCCGUCCUGUCAGACGAGCAGUCAGCAGACGUGGAGCUGGUGGAGGCCUUCGCCGCGCCCAUCGUCAACAGGAAGGCGACGUCUCGGCUCGUCAGGGAGCUGAACGGCGUCUAUCCGCUGACCGGCCUGCAGCACGUGAAGCGGGUCCGGGCCUGCCGGGCCGAGGACAGUCCCCACCCUCUGGAGGUCCUGCUCUGCCUGCUGAGCGACGCGCCGAACCCGGCGGAUGCCAGCAUCCCGUCUCUGCUGCCCGCAGGCAGCUGGGAGGGGCUGGGCGAGCCGUUUGUGGUGAAGGUCCCAGCGCGACCCCCGCUGACCCGGCCGCAGUUCGAGCUGGCGAGCCGCCGCUGGCCCACGACUUUCCAUGAAGACAAGCAGGUGACGGUGGCGCUGCGAGGGGAACUGUUCGGCCCCCAACAGAGAGCCCUGAUGCACACCUUCAUGGCGUCCGCCGUGGCCGCCGCCAGAGCUGCGGCGCAGCUGGGGAUGGAGGCGGUGGGGGCGGCGGUGGUCGACCCCGAGACGCAGCGGGUCGUCGCCGUCGGUCACGACCGGCGAGGCGAGUACCCGCUGCAGCACGCAGUCAUGGUCUGCAUCGACCUGGUGGCGCAGAGCCAGGGAGGCGGCUGCUACCGCCAUGACGGGUACGACGCCUGCCGCUUCGCCCCUACAGACCCCCAACCAGAGGGGGGCGCUGUGCCGUACAUCUGCAGCGGGUACGACCUGUACGUCACCAGGGAACCCUGCGUCAUGUGCGCCAUGGCGCUGGUGCACUCGCGCAUCGGCCGGGUUUUCUACGGCGCCGCCGCCGCUGACGGAGCUCUGGGGACGAGAUUCAAGAUCCACACGCAGAAAGACCUGAACCACCGCUUCCAGGUGUACAGGGGGGUCCUGAGGACGCAGUGUGAGGAUCUGACCAGCAGGGGGCGCAAAACACCUGAACCACCGCUUCUUGGUUAGCAUACUGAGGACGCAGUGUGAGGAUCUGACCAGCAGGGGGCGUGUAUGACGACAGCAUGCGGACGUUUCAAUGCUGAAACUAGAAGAAGGGAUUUUAUUUUCUACAAGAUGUUUUUUUAUUAUGAAUAAAGUUUUAAUCUUUUGAUCCUGUUUAGGUCCAGCCUGGACGCCAUUUUGAUUUCAGAAAAUUUAGGCAUCUAUCAUAUAAAAAGCUACAGGAGUCAAGUUUAAAGACCAAACACACAUUUGGCUAAAAGUACAUUUUUUUAUCAUUUUGGUUGGACUUUAUGAAGUUCUAAAACAUUUUAAAUAUAACUUUAUAAACACAAGAAUGAACAAAUAUUCACUGAAAAAAAAGUAAGUACACCUCGCUGCCUCUACAUGAUUUAAAUAGGAAAGUAGCAGCCAGGUUCUGAUUAGAAAUUCACAUUAUUAUCAGUGACUCUUUAGAAAAACACCAGAGUGGAAAGACAUCAGCAAUGAGCUGAGAUCAGCAACUGCUGUUGCCCAACAACCCGGGACGGGUUCAAGGGUCAUCUUCAGACAAGAUUAUUAGAUAAAAGACAAAAAGAUAAUUUUAAAAAAAGUAAAUUAUUGAA